GGCAGCCAAAACCAAGAGCUCACGAGAAUAAGAAUGCUACUUCUUAAAGACCGAUAUCAUUAGGCGACAAAAUUGGAAUCCCACUGUCAAGUAAAAUGAGUAAGCUGUCCAGUUCAUAUAUACAAUAUCUAUAAACAGGUGAGGAGCAGAGAAUGCAGAUCCACCAUUAAACCUCGCGAGAUUAGCAAUGUAACGGAGGAAUAGGGGUUGGUUUGAAGUUUUAGGACGCAUCUGUUGAUGAAUCAUAACAGCACUAAAAUGUCUGGAAGAUCGGGCCGGGCAGAGACACGAAGUCGUGCCAAAGAUGACAUUAAAAAGGUUUUGGCGGCUAUUGAGAAAGUCCGCAAAUGGGAGAAGAAGUGGGUAACAGUUGGGGACACGUCUUUACGUAUAUUCAAGUGGGUUCCAGUAACAGAAACUAAACAGAUAUAUCGAACCAAAUCCACAGGUGGAACGGUGCGGGGCCUAAAGGAUGUGGCCUUAGAAAACACCUCAAACUCCCUACUGGAUCUCAACGAUGAGAACAGCAACCAAAGCUUUCUGUCAGACGUCGUCUACCAGCCCAAGAUGGACAACAGCAGCAGCAACUCCAGCUCACAGCACCUUAGUCCUCCCCACCCAUCCAGUCUCCGCACAGACGACGCUCCACCCCCCAUGCUGGGCCAGGAGAGUGUGGAUGUAUCUCCUUUUCUGACCUUGAACACAGAGUCAAGCCUCCCAGGCCAGGAAGGGGCAGACGAACCUCCUACGCUGAUCAAGGAAGAACUUUCCUUAGGCACAGCCCAGCGUGGGGCUUCGGGCACACAGGAAGAAACCGAUGGAGCACCUCCGUUAAAGAAAGUUUGUGCGGGAGAAAAUGUUGUGCUGAGAUAAUGCACUAUUUUUCAGCUUUUGUAGCAAAGUACAUUAUUUGGCAAAUUAUAAUAGAUUAUAUAAAGUAUCAAAAGCAUUCAAGGCCUUUUUAAUGCAUUUAUACAGAUUUAUUGCCCUCACAUUUACGACACGCAAGAAAAAUGUAUCCUACACUUUGGAAUAAUCUGCUUUCUUAUAAAAUCUUCAUAUUUAUGUAUGCACCGGUGAAGGAAGAAUGUUUUAAAAUCUGUUUUAAAUCCAAUUUAUACUUGAGGGCGAUUUAAUGGUAAAUGUUACACAAAUUGAUAUACCACAAAAGCUUUCAUUGAAAAUUUGCCAACAAAUGUCCAUUCAAGAUCACUUAACAGUUUUAAAUGGUGUAAUGUUAUUGUAGAAGAAUGUAUGAUGGUGUUCUGGUCAUCACCGUUUUAAUAAUUAUGAAACAAAUAUUAGUGUGCAUUAUUGUGUUUGCUUUUGAGCCUUGAGAUUAAUUUUGUGCUGCUUUUACUGGAUUCAUACAAUCCUACAUUAAGCCCAGUUUACAACCAGAAGUACAAUUGGUUAAUUAAAACACCUUGAAUACAGCAUGUAUAUUUGAACCAUAUUCUAUAAACCUACAUUUUGAGUGUAAUUUGCAAAUGUUUCUUGUGAAAACUUCUCAAAGCCAUAAUAAAUUGUCAUUUGUCACAUUUAAA